CCAAAUCUAUUGCCUUAUUCACGACCCCCUCUCGUCUGUCGUCCGUCUCAUUCCAUUCCCCAGCGACCAUGGAGUACGCCCUCCCCGAAGCCCAGCAGCAGCAGCAGCACCCGCCCCCAGACCACCAGGCCGCCGCCCAGUCCUACGACCCCGCCCAGGCCCAGGCCUACGAGGCCUACUACGCCUCCUACCAUCACCCCCAUUACGACCCCUCCGCCUACCACCACUCCUACCACCACUACUACCCCCACGACUACUCCGCCUAUCAGCACCCCCCGCCCCCCGCCGCCCAUCCCGACCCCGUCCCCGUUGCCCACGAUCCCUCCCAUAUCCACCCGCCGCAGCCCCACCACCAUCCGGCCGCCAUCGCCGCGCCGGCUGGCGGGCAUGGGUACCCGCCUCCGCCGGAGCAGCAGCCGCCGGGAUCGUCUUCGACGUCGGCGGAGGCCUCGUACCCGAUGCCGCCGGGGCUGAACCCCGUGGCGGCCGCCGCCGUGUCGGCGCUGUCCCAGCUGACGCAGUUCGCGGGUACCAUGGACGCGGCCGAGCGGGCGAUGGCGGGGAUGCAGGAUAGGUCGUGGCAUGGGAAGAACGGGGGGAUGAUGGGGCACGGUGGGCCGCCGCCGCCGCCCCAUCAUCCUCAUCAUCCCCACCACCAGCCCCAUCCCCCGCAACUCCAGCCGGUGCAGCACGGGGCGGCCUUGAUCAGGCGAGGGGGUGGCAGUAGUUCUCCAUACAGGGGUGGUGGAAGAAGGGGUGGUGGGCCUUCUAGAGGUGGUGGUGAUGGCCGAGGCAAUUUUGGCCACCGCCCUCCAAGGCAAGAUGUUGGAGCAGCUGCUCUUGUCCGUGGUAGAGGACGGGGACGAGGACGAAUGGGCAGGGGUGGGAACAGGCGAUUCCAGCAGUCUGCUCCUGACUCACAUCAACCUAAUGCUGCACCAGCAUCAGUCACAGAACCUUCAUCAGUAGCAGAAAUAGAGCAAGGACCAGGACAGGUACCAUCACAGGCUGAUGCACCAGCUGCAGUGCCAGCUCCCAUGCUAGCAAGGCAUUCUCUUCUCCCUAUCGCCUGGUGCGAUAUCUGUAGGGUGGACUGCAACAGCUUGGAAAUUCUGGAGCAACACAAGAAUGGCAAGCGGCACAAGAGAACCGUGCAGAGAGUUCAAGAGAUACAGGCUCAACAGAAACUCAUGGCUGACUUACAAGCAAAGGUCCCUGUGAAGCCUGAGAUAGUCCUCCAAAAGGCUGAAGAAAACAAGCCUGCUGAAGUGAUUGAAGUAAAAAAAGCUUCUACUUCAUCAGAAAACAUACAAUCUGCUGUCCUGCCCAAUCAAACUGGUGAAGUGAAUAAAGCCUCUGCUGCAUCUGAAAACAUGACAGCUGCAGACUUUUCUAACCAAGUUAUUGAAACAAGUAAGGCCUCUGCUUCAUCAGAAAAAUUGCCAGAUGCAACUGUGACAGUGGAGCAAAAAACGGAAUUUGGGAUGCAAAGCAACAAUGUUGAUGGACAAUCUGAGCGUGCAAAGGAAGGGGAAGCAGGAAUUGAGGCAGUGCCGUUAGAUGCACUGCAUGCCGAAGCACCACAAAUGGAGGGGCACACAAGGAGGCCAAGGAUGGAUGGCUAUGAUAGGUAUGAAAGGAGGCGUGGUCCAAAGCGAAAGAUGAUGAGGUUUGGUAGAGGUGGGAAGCGGUUGAGGAGCUUUGAAGCUGUGCGGAGAAAAUGUCCUGAGCGUCCCAGGGAGCAGCCCAGGGUGUGUACAUUGUGCAACGUAACGUGUGACACUUCAGCUGUAUUUGAGUGCCACUUGUCCGGGAAAAAACAUCUUUCCCGGAUCAAGCGGUUCCAAGGUCAAGAUACUGUUUAUGGCCCCAUCAGUGUCUAUAUUCCUCCAAAUCAACCAACGACCUAUUCACAUCAAGCUCCAGAGCCAUUGUUCUAUGGCCUUAAAAGUCACGAGAUGCUCCAGCAGGAGGCUUAUGGGCUUCAAGGUCUGCAAGUAGAAGGUUAUGGGCUUCAACCGGGUAAUCAGGCCAAACAAGCUACAGAAGCUGAAGGUCCAGGUCUGGUGUCUCAGGCUGGGCAAAGUGUGGAACGUCCGGAUACUGAAAUCCCUAGAGAUGGGUCCCUGGAAGCUGUAACCAUGAAUAUUCAAGGGCAAAGUGCUGCUACCGAGUUCCAAGAAAAGGAACCUACUGAGUUGCUUCCUGCUGUUUCUGAGUUUGAAGAAAAGGAACCUAGUCAAUCACUUAUGGUUUCGGAGACUGCUGAUAUGCAAGAGGGUGCUGCUUUCCCAGCUACUGAAGAUGUGGUACCUCUUCCAGCAUAUGGGGCGGCCCUUCGUGAUAAUGUUGUUCUGCCUGGACUUGAUGCCAGAGAUGAGGAGCCAAAUGCUAAAGAACCUGGCAGUGGGGUUGACACGGCUUCCCAGUGAACUGCUAGGAAUGCUUGGGUCCAUCCGGUUUCUCCAUCUGGUCAAUCUUUUGUGCUUUAUUAGGUUUUUAUGGAUAAUCAUUGGCUGAAACUAGGAAGCUUUAUCAAAUUUUAUGACUGUACAAUUGGUCAAUGGAUCCUGUUCAGGGUCGUAGAUCUGAUGAUUAGAAGAAUUAUCAAACUGUAUAAGCAGGAUCUUGGUUCUUGGUUGGUUAUCUUCAUAAUAUUCCUGAUAAGUUGGUGCAUGACUUUAAC